UUCAAAAAAAUGAAAACCAGUCAUUUCCUUCUUCCGAUGUCUCUUUUCCAUUUUCCUCCACAAUUCCACUCUUCACUUUCAGACAAUCUCUCUCUCUCUCUCUCUCUCUCUCUCUCUCUCUCUCUCUCUCUCUCUCUCUCAAAGUUCUUAACAAACAGAGCUUAAACGUGUUCAGUUAUACUCCUCACCUUUUGUUACUUGUUCUAAUUGUUUUACUAUUUUUUUUGUUGUUGUUGUUAUAGCUUAAACAAUAUUUGAUUAAAGUCCCCCAAGAACAUUGGGGGAAGGAAAAACAUAUCCAAAUUCAAAAACCCUUCAUUUUUUGGUGAUUAUCUGCAAAACCCAUAUCUUAUAAUUGCAAAACAGAGAAUGCUUUUCUGUUUCUUUAAUGGGUUGUUCUUGUUUCAUCACUCAUCAUAGCAUUAUGUUGGGUUCUUCCACUUCUACAACAUAUUUCAAAGCUUCUAAGGGAUGUGAGGUUACCAAGAAACAUCGCCCCUUAUGGACAUCCUGCUCCCAUGAUGCUUCACGAUCAAGUGGACAUCGGCCUAAUGUUAUAUGUUCUAGUAAUCCACAAAGCUGUUUGUUACCAUUUGCCAUCAAUUAUAGCACAAGUUAUAGCUCUAAUGUCUCAAGAAACUUCUUUGAGCGAACUCCUUUGCGGUCCUCUUUGUUAUGUGAUCUAGGAGGAUUAUGUGUAGCAAACAAGAGAUCAGCUCGUAGAGUGAGAUCACGUAUUUAUGCAACUAUUGAUGUUGCCGCUGCUGUUGAUGUCAUUAAUGAUCUAGGAUUGGAUACUUUGACAUUUUUAGCUGUGACUGUCAUUGUUGUUCCUGCAUUCAAGAUCAUUAAAGCUAGCCCUAUUCUUGGUUUUUUCUUCGCCGGUGUUAUACUCAAUCAAUUUGGCUUGAUUAGAAAUCUAACAGAUGUCAAAGUACUGUCUGAAUGGGGAAUUCUUUUCUUGCUGUUUGAGAUGGGUUUGGAGCUUUCAUUUGCACGUCUAAAAGCUCUUGCGAAAUUUGCCUUCGGUUUGGGAUUGACUCAGGUCAUCUUGUCUACUCUUGCUUUCACGGCGUUUGAACUUCCUCCUAACAAUGCUAUUGGAACAAGAAUCCUGGAGUUCCUUUUCCACUCGAGGUCUGAUUUGGUCAAUAUAAGAAGUGUUGACGAGGCUAUUGUGAUUGGUGCUGCUCUUUCUUUGUCUUCAUCAGCUUUUGUUCUGCAGUUACUUGCAGAGAAAGGUGAGCUUCCAACAAGAUUCGGCUCAGCAACUCUUGGAAUACUACUAUUACAGGAUAUAGCAGUUGUUCCUCUCUUGGUCAUACUUCCGGUGCUAGAGAGCCAGAACCUGGUAGGGGAAAGUGUUUUGCCAAUGCUUGUGAAAGAAAGUUUAAAGGCUUUAGGUGGAUUGGGUCUGAUUUCUUUUGGAGGAAAAUUCAUUCUUAGGCGAGUUUUUGAGGUUGUUGCUGAAGCAAGGAGCACUGAGGCUUUUGUUGCUCUCUGUUUAUUGACAGUUGCUGGGACAUCACUUCUAACGCAGAAGUUGGGUUUCAGUGAUACGCUUGGUGCAUUUUUGGCUGGAGCAUUAUUAGCAGAAACAAAUUUCCGAACACAGAUUGAAGCUGAUAUAAGACCCUUUAGAGGCUUACUCCUCGGGUUAUUUUUUGUAACUACAGGAACUUCCAUUGACAUGCAGCUUCUCUUCCGAGAGUGGCCAAAUGUACUUUCACUCCUUGCAGGCUUGAUUGUCAUCAAGACGCUGAUCAUAACUGCAAUAGGUCCUCGUGUUGGGCUCACUCUACAAGAAAGUGUUAGAAUAGGGUUGCUUCUAUCACAAGGAGGUGAAUUUGGAUUUGUAGUUUUUUCUCUUGCAAACAGUCUUGGUGUGUUGCCGCUCGAGCUCAACAAGUUGCUCAUAAUCGUUGUUGUCUUGUCAAUGGCAUUAACUCCUGCCCUUAAUGAAGCUGGAAGAAGGGCUGCUAAAAUCAUCGAUGACAAGUUCAGUACAGAGGACGAUGAAGCUGCCGAAAUGGUGAACUUCGAGGCUAGUGAACCUAUUGUUAUACUUGGAUUUGGACAAAUGGGUCAGGUCCUUGCCAAUUUAUUAUCCACUCCGCUGGCUGCAGGUGUAGAUAGCGAUUCACUCGGAUGUCCAUAUGUAGCUUUUGAUCUAGAUCCUUCCGUGGUGAAGACAUCUAGGAAACUUGGUUUUCCAACUCUUUACGGGGAUGGAUCGAGACCAUCAGUUUUGCAGUCGGCUGGAAUCUCUUCUCCAAAAGCUGUCAUGGUCAUGUACACAGGGAAGGCAAAGACAAUUGAGGCUGUUCAACGGCUUCGAGUUGCUUUUCCUGCAAUUCCCAUUUAUGCUCGAGCUCAGGACCUCGGACACCUAUUAGAUCUGAAAAAAUCAGGAGCAACAGAUGCCAUUUUGGAAAAUGCAGAGACAAGUUUGCAGCUAGGAUCGAAGCUUUUGAAAGGACUCGGUGUCAUGUCUGAUGAUGUGAGCUUUCUUAGUCAACUUGUUCGCGACUCCAUGGAACUACAAGCUCAAGAUUCACUCAGCAAAAGUGAUGAACGAGAAACCGAAAUUAUGAAGCCGUUACAGGUGAGAGUUGCUGAUUUUACUGGUUCUUCGGGCUCGAAUGGAUCAACUUCACCCGAAGGAAAUUCGUCAAGGGAAAACCAGACAAAUGAGACAUCAGAAGAUGAUGGUGUUCUAUAUUGUAAUCUAGAUAAAGGAAAUGGUGUUCCGAAAAAACCAAUUGGCGAUAAGGGAAAUAAAGAAAAAAUCAUGAUAGAAGAGCCAUAAUCCCAAUAUGGAUAAAAAUGAAACCUUUACAGUUUCAAUUGACAAGAAUAUUAUUUUUGUUCAGCCUAACAAUAUGGAUAGGAUCCCAUUAAAGCUUGUGAAAAGGGAAGAUAGCAAAAAGGAGGGAUUCUUAGGCUGGAUUUAUUUAACACCAAAGAGACCAUAGUUAUAAUUUAAUUAAUCAUAAAAUCCUCAUUAGUGUAACUUUUUCUUCAUCAUUUUUACCUUAAUUUUUAUUGCAUAAUGAUCCUUUGUAUAUUCCAUUUUUAAAGCCCUAUUGUUGGGGGACUUUGUAACAUUGUAAUGUUGAACCAAAACUUGUUCUGUUUUGAAUGUCAUUUAAAUAAUUGAACAAGUUUAAAAUGAAUUCGAUGAAUAUUUAGAAA